AUGAGUAUUUUAUCUAGCAUUAUUUUAACUUCUAAGACUAUUGCGUUAGUAUGCUUACUUGCAUCUAUUUAUUGGUAUCAUUGGUUUGAUAUUGAUAAUUAUUCAACAAACAAAGAUCAAAUGCAAGAUUUAUGUAUUUCGUAUGGAGCAUUUUGUAGUGUGGAAAAUCAAAUGCCAUUACCACGUUUAAUCGUAAUUACACCUUGUGUAUUUUUACUUAUUAGUCUUUUAUUGGAAAUAAUUAAUCUUAGCGUAUUAUAUUCGCAACGGUCGAGUGUUCCUUCGUUGUUAAAUUAUUUUUUUGAACAAACGAGUAUUGCUUUAUUGUGUGCUAUUACAAUUCAUUGCAUCUGGGUUACUGUUGUUCAUAUUCGAAUAUCCAUGGAAAUGCGUAUAAUUCAUUUAGAUUGGGCAUUUUUUGCUUUUGGAUUAGCUACUAUUCUUGUUCCUAUCGACUGUACUUUUUCAAUUAUUCGAAUCAUAAAUCAUUGUCAAUAUGAUGAAGCAGUUCAAAUAAAUCGGAGUGUACGAUCUUUUAGACACAAACCAGCUGUUGAUUGUGUUAUUUAA